AUGUAUUCCAAACGCCUGAUGCAGCUGCUUUUCGUGGCGCUGUCCUUUAUGGCUACGGCCCAGGCCCUGCGUCUUGAUGCCGACUUCUUCCGUGUCGCCGAGGCCGCCCACGCCGGCCGUCAACCGGCUCGCCGUGCCGACAACAGUGCUGCCUCUAGCGGAGGCGCCAAGCCGACCGGCGAUGCCUCGACCAAGCCCAGCGCCCAGCCGUCUGCCCAGGUGAGCUCUACGCCGGGCACGACAUCGUCGACACCUUCGCCGUCGCCCACGACGAGCAACCCAACACCGACAACGAGCACGCCUUCGCCCACGGACAAGACGAGCACGCCGCCGACAACGUCGUCGACGCCGACUACAUCCAAGGACACGCCGACUCCUUCGCCGACCAACUCGCCUACCGACAAGACUACCUCGUCGCCCACGGACAAGACCACCACACCGCCCGAUUCCACCACAUCGACGACGCAGCCUGUGUCCACGAGCACCUUUGUCACUACUUUCACAGAAGCUGACGGCUCUACAACCGCCGUCACAUCCGAGACCACGACCGUCCCCACUGGCAGCCUGUCAUCCUCAGGCAGUGGCAGCAAGGCCUCGGGCAUGUCCACGUCGACGCGGAACAUCAUCAUUGGCGUCGUUGUUGGCGUCGGUGGUGCCAUCAUCCUGGUUGUCAUCGGCCUUGUGGCCCUUCGCAUCCACAGACGCAAGCAGGCAGCCAAGGACGGCGGCAAUGGCCUCAACGACUACGAUCCCAACUACGGCAACGCCCCCGUAGGCGCACUGGAGAAGCCCGACAACACCACCGGCGCCGCAGCGGCCGGCGCCCCCGGCCGCUCGCCUUUCCAGAGCACGCUGGAGAGCUACCACACGCCGACACAGGUCAACACCGCAUCUAAUUUCUAG